AUGGCACCAUCAAACACAGAUUUCCCAAAGGCUGACCAAAUCUUCCCCAAAUUCGUCUUUUCAGAACCAGCCUUCCAGGCCGAACUUCGAAAAUGGGCGGCUGAGGCCCGUGCUCUUUCCGACUUCUAUUCACAACUCUGGAAGGAGCAUUUAGCCUUUAUCCAAGAUCUUGAAGAGAUAGAAUAUAGUCAGCACCCGUUCAGCCGCUUGAGACAGGCGCAGGAAGAAUACAAACCUAAGCCGCCUGCUCUCAGUGCCAAGUUUGAUGAUGACGAGUCUAUCGGAAGACCUACCCUGAGAACCACAGAGCUCUUCAGGAGAGCAGAGCAGAAGUAUGGUGUGUGCUUGGGCUUUUUGGCGCAGUAA